CAAAUUCCACAUGGGCCGCGAGUGCUAACGCCACUUGGAUGGCAACGAGCCAUUCCGGGAAUGCAGCAACCUCCAAUAGGACUUCGAUAGGGGCUUCGGCCACUUUACCUCCAUGGCCAACGUUCAAUUCCACCCAGGCAUCACUUACUGGCACCAUUUCAAUCCCUGUCAUCACCUCGUCGACAACUGUUAUAUCAAACAUUACUGCCUCGGCCUCGGCAUCGUUCCCUUGGACCAACUCGACAUCUAGCGGAGGCCUAACGGCUUCAGUCAUGACCGCAAGUGGAGGCAGUACAAUAACUUUGUGGCCAACCGGGAUGACUCCCAGCCUGACUUCGUCCUCAAAUGGGACGCUUCUGCAGACGUCUACAGCCAACGCCACAAGCAGUUUGACGUCUUCAGCAGCAUCAGCCCCCUUUCCCACGUACAAUUCAACCCAGAUCCCCUGGCCCACUGCGGUUAACAGCUCUGGUAUGCCGCCUUCUACGGUGUAUUCAGGAACCGCUGCCAUCACUUACACAUCCAUCGGGAGUGACCGGCCACCUUUCCCGACGACCAACUCCACCAAGCUACCCGGGCCUACAGGAAGUGGCACGUGGGCUUCAGGGACGUUAUUUCAAACCUCCGAGCCCUCAGAAACAUCCAAUAGCACUUCGUUCACCGUCAAUUUGCCGCCAUUCCCAACGACAGGAAACGCCACUGCUAUUCCAAGGCCGACUUGGAUCCCUGGCACAGCAUCAGGACUCCCUGUCACAACUUUGACCGCUACCGGAGCAAACGGCAGCACUACGCAGACACUCUCAAUCGUUCCCCUGCCUCCUUUCCUAACCUUCAACGAUACGGCAACUCCAGGCGCAACUGGCACCUCGGCCGGCACAGGAGUCAGUGUCACUUGGGGAGGCACAGGCGGUCCAUUCAGCGCUCCGACAGAUUCAAGUUCAACUUGGGGUCAGUGGCCCAACUCAACUGCGUCAAACAUGUUGUCAACCAUUAGUGUACCAACAACGCCAUCCGGCACUGCUCCUUUGCCUACUCCACGAAACACGACAACGUUCUCGGGUUUCUUCCGGCACCGCGCCGCCUUCUGGAUCCUCUCUUACCGAGUCGGCGGGCCCAGCGUUUACCAACUCUCCUGGCCUUCCAUCUGGAACUCCUUCGGCUUGCAAUACUGUCACUGUAACAAACGGCACCCGUCGUCGGCGGGGUCCACAAGAACAUGGACAUCUGUAGACCCAACCACGACGUUCAUCACGUCAACGACAAGCCGCUUGAGCAACCCCAGCAGAGACAGCAGUGCUAUCUUCAAUACCAGUUUCUCCGUGGCCGGCACGCCUACCACAACCAUCUCUAACGUGCCUCUCCCUUCGAGCCCGGCUUACCCCUGGGGAGGACUUGGCCCGAUUUUCCGCCACCACAGCGGAACUGAUCCUAUUGACGAUGAUGCAGGGUUUCCCGAUGGGCCAGUGGUCCAGGAGAGAAACGAAGUCUGGUGGUCUCGGUGGAAGAAACACAUGGAUCAACUCGCAUCUCGUGCUCGGGCAAGGAAUCGGGGUGCUUAA